GUCGCGAGAGUCCCCCAGGCGAGCAUUCCCAUGCAGACCCGUCCUGCUCAAUCGCGACAGCCUUGUUCGCCACGAACGCGCCCGAAAUAGAAGGCUCAAACGCGAGGAAGGGGGAACACGACCCUGGGAGUGAUCGGACGCCUUUCUUCAGCGUUCCUCUUUGGGAAGACAAUAAAAGGCGCAGAGUCAACGCGGAAGCACCUCCAUUCAUUCUUGCCCGGACAGGAAGGUCCGAGCACAAUGGGGCCUUGUGCCAUUGACCUACUUCAACCCUCAGACGCGCCCCGGCGAACCACUAUGCACGGCGGCCCCCCUCGCCCAUCCUGCAUCCGCACCGAUUAUGCCCACCUCGACCGUGCCAUACGAAAUCCUAUUCGACUUUGUGAACGACACGGCUGAGUCGACGAUGAUACGGGUACUACGACAAGACACUGGGACGCGGACAGGCGCGGCGAUGCUGUUGAAUAGCGGCGAGAACCUCUCGCUCGUCCUCACCGCCGGGACGCCAUAUAAAUACGCGUUGGUGCAGGGAGGCACGGAGGUGGUACUCUCGGUGAAGGUCUGGCAGGACACGCAGUACUGCACUUCGAGCGCAUUCAGGAGAUCGCGAUCUGGGGGAGGGAAAAUGGGCGAUCCGGGAAAGACGGGCGUCGCUGUAGUGUCACUAGACCACCAAUUCUCGAACGGCAGCUAAGGGCCAAGCCCUUUCCUCCGACCAUCUCAUAUCUAUCCAUGCAUCUGCGAGCGAGCAGCUCUCCGGCCGAGUCUGGCAACCAUCCUUGCAGCAUCUUAAUGUAUACCACGUU